UUGCUGGAGGAAGAAAAAAUAUGCCGGAAUAUUGUCACAUUUAUUUCCGCCAGCAGCAAAGCUGUUGUGCAAUGUGUUGUUUUGUUCUAUACUGUUGAUUAAUAGUCGAUAGUGGGCGUUUUUAAGUGGUUUGACAAGUAGUAUCGAGACUAAUUUAACGUUGAGGUCAACAUGAAUAAGUAUUUGCUUGAGUGAAAGUAACAAUGACAGUUUAGAGGCGAACUUGGGAGCUAACGUGCUAAUGCUGAGCUAGCUUUGGAAAUGAACAGUCUGCUCCUGAGACUGAUCUGGUACCCAAACACACAACAUUUCUGGAGAGGUAAGCCAAGGUUAUUGGACUGAGCAUAAAUUUGCAAAAAUGAAGAUGUUCUCCGUUUCCCACAAGACUGUCUUUGUGGUGGAUCACUGUCCCUACAUGGCUGAAUCCAGUCGACAGCAGGUUGAGUGCGAUGUGUUGACGAAGAGUCGUGCUCAGGGUGUCAUUCCAUUGGCCCCUGUGUCCAAGUCCCUCUGGACGUGCGCUGUGGAGUGCUCCAUGGAGUACUGCCGGAUCCUCUAUGAUGUUUUUCCAAGGAACAAACUGAUUAAUUACAUUGUGAGUGAUUCCGAGUUCCACAUCUUGAAUAGCUGGAGGCAAGAAGAUCAGAGCACUCAUGAGCUUAUGUCAGCGCUGGCAGCUGUCGGCCCGCCGAACCCGCGCGAGGACCCGGAGUGUUGCAGCAUCCUGCACGGGCUGGUGGCCGCGGUGGAGACGCUGUGUAAGAUCACAGAGUUGCAACACGAGAAGCGCAUCACUUUGAUGGAUAUGGCCGACAGAGUGUCCAACAGGGGCCGAAUUAUCUGCCUCACGAAUGCUAAAAGUGAUACUCAUGUACGAAUGUUGGAAGAUUGCAUCCAGGAAACAAUUCUAGAACAAAACAAGCUGGCAGCAGGCUCAGACAGGUUGAUGGCUAUUCAGCAGUGUGAGCUUGUUUUAGUCCACAUCUACCCACAGGGUGAGGACACGUUGGUGUCAGACCGACCGAAGAAAGCGAUCUCGCCUCUGCUCACCACUGAGGUCCACAGCGUUCGUGCGGGGAGGCACCUCGCCACCAAACUCAACAUUCUGGUGCAGCAGCACUUCGAUUUGGCCUCCACCACCAUAACAAACAUCCCCAUGAAGCCCACAUUAAAUGUUUGCGAACAGGAAGAGCAGCACGCGAAUACAUCAGCCAAUUACGAUGUCGAGCUCCUGCACCACAGAGACGCCCACAUAGAGUUCUUUAAAAGUGGAGAUUUGCAUAUGGCUGGCAGCAGCACUCGAGACAAUGGACUCAAAGAGACGAUUACGCUAAAAUGGUGUAAUCCACGAACCAACAGUAUAGAGCUUCAUUACUGCACGGGAGCAUAUCGCAUUUCCCCAACAGACGUAAACAGUCGUCCCUCAUCAUGUUUGACAAAUUUUCUCCUGAAUGGUCGAUCUGUGCUGCUUGAACAACCAAGGAAGUCUGGGUCAAAGGUUAUCAGCCACAUGCUCAGCAGCCACGGUGGCGAGAUCUUCCUACACGUGCUGAAUAGCAACCGCUCCACCCUAGAGGACCCGCCCUCCAUCAGCGAGGGCUGCGGGGGUCGAGUGACCGACUACAGAAUUACAGACUUCGGUGAAUUUAUGAGGGAGAACCGGCUUACACCGGUUUCAGAGUCAUCCCAUGAUCCUUCAGGGAAGUUGCCAGUUGAGAGGGCCAAAGCUCAGCUGGAACGCUACACUCGCUACUGGCCAAUGAUCAUCUCUCAGACCACCAUCUUUAACAUGCAGGCUGUGGUUCCUCUGGCUAACCUCAUAGUUAAGGAGAAUCUGACUGAGGAAGAUGUUCUAACCUGCCAUAAAACUGUCUACAACCUGGUAGACAUGGAGAGGAAGAACGAUCCCCUCCCCAUUUCCACCGUGGGAUCCAGAGGCAAAGGCCCCAAGAGAGACGAGCAGUACCGCAUCAUGUGGAACGAGCUGGAAACGUUAGUAAAAACCCACGCCGGAGCCACAGACAGACACCAGCGGGUUCUGGACUGCGUCAUUGCCUGCCGCAGCAAACCUCCUGAAGAGGAGGAACGCAAGAAGAGAGGCAGGAAGCGGGAGGAGAAGGAGGACAGGACGGAGAAAAACGGGAGCAAGGACACGGAAGACAAAAGCUGUCAGGAGUCAGAAAGGCUGAAAGGGUUGCUGGAUAAAGACGAUCAGGAGGUGGAGGUGAUCAAGGACUCUCCAGACUCUCCAGAACCUCUCAACAAGAAGCCCAGACUGACCACAGAGGACGUCCUGCCUCCAGAGAGGACAAAAGGUCCAGUAUCACUCCUCACCAUGUGGACCAAUCGGCUCACAGCAGCCAAUUUGAGGAAGCACCAAGAGUUUGUUGGGCGAGCGAGCUCCAUCAACAGCAAGUUCAAGUUGUACCAGAACCUCAAAGAUGACAAUGGGAUGGACGUUCAUGAAAAUGGCAAAGCCUCCAGAUGAUGUUUCCACACAUCACUGCUUCACUUCCUUUUUUUGGAGUCAGAGGUUGUGGACCACAGUGGUUGUGAGCACUGCUUGCACAUGGUCAGAUAAAGACAUCAAAAUAACAUCUACAAACUCAAGUUAACAUGAUUUUUUUUUUUAAACCAGUGUUUUUUGUAGAUCUACGGCUCACGUUGUGGAAUACAAUAAAAUAUUUCAGAU